CGCGCGCGCCUCACAACCACGCUGUGGGAGGACGAGCAGACGCUUGUGUAUCAGGUCGAUUGCCGCGGCAUAUGCGUUGCGAGACGCCACGACGACAACACGAUCAACGGAACCAAGUUGCUGAAUGUGGUGGGCAUGUCGCGCGGCAAGCGCGACGGAAUUCUGAAGAACGAGAAGGGGCGGCGCGUGGUGAAGGUGGGGCCGAUGCACCUGAAGGGCGUGUGGAUUCCGUUUGAGCGGGCACGGUUCCUGGCAGAGCAGUUCAAGAUCGUGGACGUGCUGUUUCCCAUAUUCCAGCCGGACCCAAACUCGUACCUG